CCCUCUCCUCUCUCCCAUUCUCUGAAUCUCUCCCCCCACCCCUGCUCCCACUCUGUUCCUGUCUCUGCACGCCCCCAAAUUCCCUUUUUUUUUUUUUUUUGAGAUGGGGACUCGCUCCGUCGCCCAGGCUGGAGUGCAAUGGAGCGAUCUCAGCUCACCGCAACCUCCGCCUCCCCGGUGCAAGUGAUUCUCCUGCCUCAGCCUCCCAAAGUGCUGGGAUUAUAGGCACCCGCCACCACGCCUCGCUAAUUUUUGUAUUUUAAGUAGAAAUGGGGUCUUGCUAUGUUGGCCAGGCUGGUCUCGAACUCCUGACCUCAAAUGAUCCACCUGCCUCGGCCUCCCAAAAUGCUGGGAUUGCAGGCGUGAUUACUGCACCUGGCCCCAACUUCUUUGCCACACGCUUUCCUCCACACACUAAUUUCCCUCCCACUACAUGCCAGCAAGCGUCCUUCACUCCCACCUUCUUGAUCACCUCUUCUUUUCAUUAUUCUUCCUGCAACUACCCCUCCUCCUUCCUCCUCCUUCCUCCUCCUCCUUCCUCCUCCUUUCCCCCUUCUCCUUCCUCUUCCUCCUCCCCCUCCUCCUCCUUCCUCCACCUCCUUCCUCCUCCCCCUCCUUUCUCCUUCCUCCACCUCCUUCCUCCUCCUCUUUCCCCUUCUCCUUCCUCUUCCUCCCCCUCCUCCCUCCUCCUUCCUCCACCUUCCUCCUCCCCCCUUCUUUCCUCCUCCUCCUUCCUCCACCUCCUUCCUCUUCCUCCUCCUCCUUCCUCCUCCCCCUCCUCCCUCCUCCCUCCUCCUCCCCCUCCUCCCCUCUUCUUUCCUCCUUCCUCCUUCCUCCACCUCCUUCCUCCUCCUCUUUCCCCUUCUCCUUCCUCUUCCUCCUCCUCCCCCUCUUUUCUCCUUCCUCCAUCUCCUUCCUCCUCCCCCUUUCCUCCUCCUCUUUCCCCCUCCUCUCUCCUCCUCCCACUUUCCUCCUCCUGCUCCUUCCUCCAUGUCCUUCCUCCUCUUCCCCCUCCUCCUUCCUCCACCUCCCUCCUCCUCUUUCAUCCUCCUCCUUCCUCCUCUCCUCCUCCCUGAUUCCUCUUCCUUCUUCCUCCUCCCUCUUCCUCUUUCCUCCUCCUUCCUCCUCCCUCCUCCUCCUUCCUCCUCUUUCCUCCUCCCUCUCCUCUUCCCCUCCUUCCUUUCUUCCUCCUCCUUCCUCCUUCUCCCUCUUACUCCCUCCUCCUCCUACUCCUUCCUCCUCCUUCCUCUUUCCUCCUCCUCUUUCCUCUUCCUCCUCCUUCCUCCUCCUCACCCCUCCUCCCCUUCCUCCUCCUCUCCCUUCCCUCUUCCUCCCUCCUCCUCCUUCCUCCUCCCCUUCCUCCUCCUCUCUUUCCUCUUCCUCCCUCCUCCUCCUUCCUCCUCCCUCCUUUCCUCCUCCUCUUUCCUCUUCCUCCUCACCCCUCCUCCCCCUUUCCUCCUUCCUCCUCCUCCCUCUUACUCCACCUCCUCCUCUUUCCUCCUUCAUCUUUCCUUCUCCUUCUUCCUCCUUCCUCUUACUCCCUCCUCCUUCCUCCUCCUUUCCCUCUUUCCUUUUCCUCCUCCCUCCUCCUCCUUUCCUCCUCCUCUUUCCUCUUCCUCCUCACCCCUCCUCCCCCUUUCCUCCUCCUCCCUCCUCCUCCUCUUUCCUCUUCCUCCUCCUCCCUCCUCCUCACUCCUCCCCUUCCUCCUCCUCUCCCUCUUUCCUCUUCUUCCUCCCUCCUCCUCCUUCCUCCUCCCUCCUUUCCUCCUCCUCUUUCCUCUUCUUCCUCACCCCUCCUCCCCCUUUCCUCCUCCUCCCCCUUCCUCCUCUUUCCUCUUCCUCCUUCUUCCUUCUCCUCCUCCUCUUUUCUCUCCCUCCUCCUCUUUCCCCCUCCUCCUCCCCCUCUCCAUAACACACACACACACAGGCUGUCCCUGUCCCUGUGUGUCCUCUCUUCGGCUGGAUCCUCAGUGUUUCCUCCUCUCUAGGUCUCGCACACACUGCUCCUCCCUUGGGCGAUAUUCCAGUCCUCCACACGCUUCCACCCGGCCCCACCUUUUCCUGAUUGUCCACCUUGUGGCUCUCAGCCUUUCUGGAAUCUUCUCCCUUGUCCUCCAGACUGCCACCCCCCACUGUCUUCUGCCCUCUCCUUCCCCUGCGCGAGGUCCUCCCCCUCAUCCCCGCCCUGUCAUUUCCUCAUCGUCUGUACCCAACCCCCAGAGGAGGCGCUGAUGGGGCCCCAGUCUCACUGUGCCUGUCCACAGCGCCGGACUGUGUCAGAAGGAGACAAGGGGGCCGGGGACACGGGGCAGCACUGUGGUUAGGGCCUGUGCCCUUGGUCUCCCUCCCUCCUCUGCCUCCUUUGCCUCCAGUUUCUGUCCCUUGGAUUUGCCUCUCCUCUUUCCUCUCACUCCUGCCUCCCCUUCCUCUCCCUGCACCUUCAGUGAGUUCCACCUGGCUUCCCCUCCACACGCUCCUGGUGGCUUCUCUUUGGCGCUUCUCUCUCUCUCUCUCUCUCUCUCUCCCUGUCUCUCCCAUCUCUCGCUGUCUCUGUCUCAUUUUCUCAGUCCGUCUCUGUCUCUCUCGCUCUGCCUCUCUCACUCUCUUGCCAUCAUUGUCUCUGUUUCUCUCACUGUCUCUUUCUCGCUCUCUCUUGCCAUCAUUUUGUCUGUUUCUCUCACUGUCUCUCUCUAGCUGUCUCUCGCUUUCUGUCUCAUUGUCUGUCUCUCUCUGGCUAUCUCUCUUUUACUGUCUCUCUCUCGCUGUCUCUCUGUCUCUCACUCUUUCUCUCUCUCGGUCUCCCUCUUGCUGUCUCUCUCACUGUCUCUCUUGCUGUCUCCCUGUCUCUUUCUCUCACUCUUUCUCGCUAUCUCUGUUUCUCUCAAUGUCUCUGUCUCUCUCCCUGUCUCUUUCUCCAUCUCUCAUCAUCUCUCUCUCCCUCUCUGUCUCUGACACACACUCUCUAUUUCUCCCAUCCUCCCCUCCAUGGGGCUUUCCUGUUUCCUUUCCAUCCUCACCUUCACUCGCUCUUUCCUGACCUUCUUGGUAUUUUGUUCUCGCUCUUUCCUCUCCGUUUUCUCCCUCACCCCACAAGCUCUCUCCCCUCGCCUCUAGUCCCCCAAGUCCUUCCCAGCUCCGCCUCUCCAUGCCCGCUCCUUCCUUUCCAGUUUCUCUGCCAGUCAUUGUCCUUGACCCUUCCCUCUCCUCGUCUCUGCUCCCACCGGCUCGUCUGAGCCUGGCGCUGACAGCCUUCUCCCCACCCCGCCCAACCCCACCCCCGACUCCCGCCAUCCCCUCACCUCCUGGUCCCUGUCCCCCUCCCGCGUCCCCGUCUUCUUGAUGACUCCAACAGCUGCAGCUGCAGAGGCCCCGAGGCCCCUCGGAGGAGACUGGGCAGGGAGGGCUCCUCCGCAUGCUGGGAUAUUUUUAUCCUGCCUUGGACGAUUGGGACGAUUGGUCCUGCAAUCUGUUUCACCCUUUAAGAAACUCAUUUCAUGUCCUGCCAGGUCCUGGGACCAUAAGCUCGCGUGUCUCCACAGUUGCACAUUCCCGUCCGUCUGCAGCUCAUUAUCUGGGCCAGAAGGACGUUACCCCAUGACUUGGAAGGACGUGCCAUCACGCAGGAGGUCACAAAGCGGACGGCAGGAAACCCAGCCUUCCCUCUUCUGCCUUCCUCCUCACCUCUCUCUCUCUCAGUACUCUGUUCUUGUUAAUAUCAGUGUAUCAAUGAGCCUGGUUUUUUGCCUUUUAUUAUUAUUAUUAACAUAGUGAGCACAGGCGUUUCGUAUUCUGCGUCUGAUUUUCCAGCAGCAAAGCCUCUGCCAUCCGCCCCACCGUCCCGCUGGCUCUUGCUCAUUGUCUUUCCCUUCCCUGCUUGCCUGCUCCCUCGCGCCCCUGCUCUGCGUGUUGGAUGUGAAAAGGAUGUCAGGGACUAGGCGGAGGGCAUGUUCCUCUGAGCCCAGGCUGCACCUUGGCACAGUGGAGGGUCCACCCACCCCAGGUAGCCCAGGUGAGGCCCCUGGGUCCCCGUCACUCAGGCUGUCCACAUGAAAGUCCAGAUGUCUCCGACCAACAGAGCCCUGGGAGAAAGGACGUGACGCUGCCGCUUCACCGGGAUGGGUUCCCACGUCCCUCCGCGUUGACCCACAGCUUCCUUACGGUCUUGUAUGUAGUUUGAUGCUUUUAAGGGCCGGCCACGGUGGCUCAACGCCUGUAAUCCCAGCACUUUGGGAGGCCGAGGUGGGCGGAUCAUGAGGUCAGGAAUUCGAGACCAGCCUAGCCAAAAUGGUGAAACCCCGUCUCUACUAAAAAAUACAAAAAUUAGCAGGCGCGAAGGCGGGUCCCUGUAAUCCCAGCUACUCGGGAGGCUGAGGCAGGAGAAUCGCUUAAACCCGGGAGGCGGAGUUUGCAGUGAGCCGAGAUCGCGCCACUGCACUCUAGCUUGGGCAACACAGCAAGACUCCGUCUCAAAAAAAAAAUUGUUAAGACUAUUUUAUCCAGGUUCCUACUUGUUUUCAGUUAUGGGGUUGGGGGCGGGGUGGGAGGGCAAUGACCUGACACAGUGUUACCGGAUGAGGAGUCCGGUCUUGCUUUGCUUUCUGUGCCUUUUCUGUCUUGUCAUUGGCUCUCCCGCCCUCCUACACGCACCCCGCCUGUUGCUUCUCUCAUUCUCCAGUUCCCUUCCAAUCCCCCUUCACUUCUCUUUACUCCCCUCCCCCAGGUCAGUGCUCGGCGUUUCCUCCCUCUUUCUGUUCUCCCAUCCUCCCGGGCAGCUGUCUCUGUCCUGUUCUGUCUCCUGUUCUCCCGCCCCUCCAGCUCCUUCCCUUCCUCCUUUCUCCUGGGCCCUUCUCUGCCGCACCUUCCACAGCUGCUCUGUUCCUCCCCAUCCUCGUCUAGUCCCAUUCGUUGUCCUUUCUCUCCCUGGGUCACAGAGAUGGCCCCGGGGUGGCUGCGCCCUGUUGAGGCAGGGAACGUUUCUGCUGCAUGGCCGAGUUCCCAACCUGGACCCGCCGGGUCUGGCAGCCUGUCCCCGCAGUAGCCUGGGCUGUGCCCACGACACCCCCGCCGCCCAGCUACCCGGCCCUCUCCGUGCCUCACACUGGCUCCUAACCUGCUUCACGUUCCUGCUUUCUGCCCUGGUCUCUGGGCUGACGCUGUCUUAGGGGCGCCCCCUCCUCAGCUGGAGGGGCAUGGUCCUCUGUCGCUACUUCCAAUCCUCUCUCCCUUCUUUCUCUCCGUAUUGCUCUUCCACAUUCAUGCACCUCUUCUUUCCUUUCUGCUUUUUUUCUCGCUCACUCACCCGCUGGAGUGCAGUAGUGCAGCCUCCACCUCCCAGGCUCCAGUGAUCCUCCUGCCUUAGCCUCUCAAAGUGCUGGGACCACAGGUGCGAGGCACCAUGCCCGGCCUGUUCUUUUCUCUCUGCCCUUUUUUGUAUUUUUUCCUUUCUCCUUUCCUUCUUCCCUAAUGUCUGUCUCUCUCCUUCCCUUCUCUCUCCAGCCCUCUCCUACCCUCCUUUUCUCUUUUCCCCUAUCUCCAGCCCUCUCCUACCCUCCUUCCCUCCCUCUUUCUCUCUCCCCCUCUGCACCGCUCCAUCUCCCUCUCGGUCCAGUCCGCUGUCUGUGCCCCCUCUCUGUUCCGUUUUCUCUCCCACCCUUCUUCCCUCUCUCAUUUCUUCUCUUUUCCCCUCUUCCUGUUCUCUUUUUCUCGCUGUCCUCUCUGCGGCCACCCUCCUCUUUCUCACUUCUGCUCUCCCUGUCCGGCUCUUCUCUCUCCUCUCUCCCUUCUAGCAGAUUCUCUGGCUGUUUCCUCUCCUCUCCCUCUGUGCUCCUCCCUCCUCCUCUCUCCUCCCAGCCACUAUCCUCUCUCUUCACCCUCUUCUCUGUCUGUCUCAUGGUCUCCUCCUAGCUCUUUUCCUUCCCAGUUCCUGGCUCUCUUUCUCUCUUUCCUCUUCUCUGGCUGGAGCUCCCCGCUCCUCCAUCCCUCCCUCUCCCGGGGCAGUCGGCCCCCUCUCCCCCACCCUUUUCUCCCCCAACCCCCUCUCCCCCACCCACUUCUCCCUAGGACGCUCCCUCCUUCACCCGUUUCUCUGCUUCCCUCUUCUCCGAGCUCACCAGCCAUGGCACCCACCCUCUCCCUCUCUUCCUUCCUGUCCCUUUUUUCACCCCCUCGUCUUUCUUUCCUCUUCUGUUUUUUCUUCUCUUUCCAUUUCUGCCCCCCUACACUGUUUCCUUCUUUCUCCCUCUUCCUCUCUCCCCUCCUGCUCUGGCCAUCUUUUCUUUUCUUUUUUUUUUUUUUUUUUUUUUUUUUUUGAGACGGAGUCUCGCUCUGUCGCCCAGGCUGGAGUGCAGUGACGCAAUCUCGGCUCACUGCAAGCUCCGCCUCCAGGGUUCACGCCAUUCUCCUGCCUCAGCCUCCCGAGUAGCUGGGACUACAGGCGCCUGCCACCAUGCCCUGCUAAUUUAUUUUUUUGUAUUUUUAGUAGAGACAGGGUUUCACCGUGUUAGCCAGGACGGUCUCGAUCUCCUCACCUCGUGAUCUGCCUGCCUUGGCCUCCCAAAGUGCUGGGAUUACAGGCGUGAGCCACCAUGCCCAGCUCUUUCCUCCUGCUUUUUUCCUACACUCUCUCCUCCCUCCUUUCCUCCCUCUUUCUCCUGUUUGAUUUCCACCUCUUUUCUCUCCUCUCUCCUCUGAAUCUGCCUCUUCCUCUUCUCACCUCCCUCUUCCUUCCCUGUCUCUCCCCCUUGGGUCUCUCUUCCUUCCCUCUCUCUGGUUUCUCUGUCUCUGCCCUGUCCUUUCCUUUCCCUCCUCUCUGGACCUGUCUCCUCUCCUGGCUGUCUCUCCUUCAAGCUCUCACUCCCACUGGCCUCCCUCCCGGGAGCCCCAUCUCCUCCGUCUCCAGGUGGCCCCUGCAUCCCUGCCUGGUGGGCCUUUGCCUCCCUCUCCUGUUCCUGCCUUGCCUGCUCCCAGGUUUCCAGGUCCUGACCAGGAGGCAGGAGUCCAUACCGAGGCCCAAACAGGCUAGCCCUGAGCAGGGCCCCCAAGCCUGAGGCCCAGGAGUGGACAGACCUUUGUGACACCCAUUCUCUCUUCCUUUUCCAUCUGUCCGGAACUCUGGACACUGCCUGGAGGAAUCAGGCCUGCCGUAGGCCCAGGAAGGCGGAAACAAAGACGACGCUCAGAGACAGGAAGCAACUUGCCUAAAGAUACACAGCACAGAUGAGAAAAUUGGUGCCCAAUGUUUCUGAAGACCAGCAACUGCUAAGACAGAGACUUCGAGGGAACCCGACCUUGCCUGAAGGACCAACAGCGCCCCCUGCAGGACACUUCCCUCCAUUGAGAGAAGCCACAGGCGCCGGCCUGAGGCAUUCUGAGUGCGUGGAAUCCUCUAUCACCACCUCCUGGCAAAGAACGGAGCUGCAACCCAGCUAUAUGAGACACCCAGAAUGAUCUCAACAAAAAGGGACAGUGACCAGAAUGCCUGGGGGAGGAACAGGGGAUACUGGGUGGAAGGAGGGGAGAGGGAGAAGUUGUAAUAUUUUGUAAAAAUGAACAUUUUUACUCCUAAUCAAUAUAUAAACAUCAUGCUCAGCAAA